UUUUUUUUAUUCGUAAAAGCUACCCUCUGCCGCUGCGUGGAAAAAAAACCAACGUCUUUCAAUAAUAUACGUACUUGUCCUUCUUGUCAGCUCAUCCCUCCAUUUGCCAAACAAUGUCGGAUUUAGAAACAGAAAACCAACUCGAAACAUCCUCCACCGCUCUCAUUAAAAGUAAUUUGUCGUCGAAACGAUUCUCAACUAUUAGCACGACGCAUCACAAGUGACGCGUACAGAAACUGAAUACUAUCCUCCUCUUUUUAUUUGUACAGAUAUCAUUGAAGAUUUAUUUUCCUACAGCACAAUUCGACGUAAACGGAUUCUGGAAUACUACUUUUUCGAUGAUGCCGUUUUGACAUCACCUGUGAUGAGCACCGAAGGCAUUCUGAAUAUCCAAUAUGUGUAUACCGUGUGGCAAGCCCUCAAUCGUCACGAACCCAUUAUUACCAAUAUUGUAUUCGACGGAAAAACUGCCGUGGUACACCUUGUUCAAAACCUAUCACCUGCAAUUUUCCCUUCAUUUGUCAAGCUGCAAGUGCCCUCCAUAACGACCUUGCAUUUUCGGGAAACAGAACAAGACAGUGGUCUUCUCAAAAUCUACAAACAAGAAGACAGCUGGACACUGGAAGGUCUACUGCAAUCGGUGCCAUUAAUCUCUUUUUGGUAUAACCAUGUUUUACGGGUGGUCAUGGGAAAAAUUGUCACAGCGACGGGGGACCUGAUUGAUGCUGCUUUACAGCAUGCUCAGAAAAUGUCCAUGCGCGGUCGAGAAAUCCAUCGUCUGGGACGCGAUCUGGCCAUUGAAAACAUUGAAAAGCUCGAUGAAUAUCGUGCCAAUUUGCACGAAAAUUACCUCGAGGGGAUCCGGGGUUGGCGUGAAAAUUACUUUGAGGAACUCGACACGAUACCUCACCGAACGAUUAAAGAAUCCAAUCCUCCCUAUGUCGAAAGCAUCGCUUAUACACCCAAAUGAUCUAAACCUCCAGCCCUUCGUUUAUCACCGUUUCCCUGUCCGUCCUUUAAUUCAUUAGCUCACAAGUCCGCUUAUUUCAAUGCCUUUAUUUUGGUU